AACAAGGGGAUUUUUAUGAAUUUAGCCGAUAUGAAUCUUCUUUCACUCGCUCCAGGCUAGGAUUAGCAAUGGCCCAGUGACAGUGGCAGUGGAACAAGCCGACAACGCUCCCAGGAAGAGAAUGCUGCCAGUGCCAAGGUGGUGUGGAGGAACAGCCGGUCGGACGCAGGACAGUUAGAUGAUGGGGGCUGAUCUGAUGUUUUGCGUUUUGUUGACUUUAGCUCUACAGGCCGAUUCCUGCGUCUCGAUGAAUCGUAACCGCCUCGCGAAGAAUUCGACGAUUAGCCAGGCUCUGAGUGGGACGAAUGCUGCCAGAAUUGUUGGGAUGGAUCACCUGUGGUGUUUUUAUUGUUCUUUCGAUGUCGAAGCUUCGCUAACGCUGGCUCUUCGAAUCGAUCCUUGCCCGCCGCGGAUCGUGGCCAUGCCUUUGUGCCAAGUGAAUCGAACCUGGAGGAUAACCUCAAGAAACGCUGCCCUAGAACCGUGAAUGGUAUGGGGGGGAUGAGAAUCGUUUCUUUCAUCUUGACGUCUUGCUGAUGCCGUGUCUGCAGGUCUACUGGUACCGACCGC